UCAUACAAAGAAGUUGAAGGAGUAAGCAUUAAAUCAGAAGAUGAAGGGGAAAAAGAACUUCCUUUAUGUGAUCCUUUGGAAAGCAUCUUCCUCUUUGCUAUUUAUUGGUCAAUAGGUGCUACCUUGAAUUCAAGUGGACGCAUUCUUCUGGAUGAAUUCUUGAAGAAGCAGUCAAAUGCUAAAAUGAUCAAGGAUUCUUUGGAGGAAAAGGCAACAAUGAUACAAAUUCCGACUACAAUGCCUACUCUCUAUGAUUAUUGUCUGAAUGUGAAAGAGGAUGUUUGGGAAGCAUGGGAUUGGCUAGUUCCUGAGUAUGUACACAAUUCUAAAAUGAAGGUCAGUGAUGUUCUCAUACCAACCUCAGAUACUGUGAGAGUAACAUGGCUUCUGAAUCUUGUGAAUCCGCAUUUCUUUAGAAGACAAUACGGGAAUUUA